AUGAAUUCGGUAACCGAACCGACUAAUUAUUUUGAUUUUUGUCCGUAAGACUGCUGGUCCGAUUAUUAUCUCAGCGUUUAUUUUAUAGACGCGAAAGUCUAAAAGUCGUGAUGCACGUGCAAGUUAGUCAUGGGCAUGGAGAGAAGCAUUUUGAAAGACAAGUUUGAUGUUUUUCGUCGAGAGUAAUAACGACAUUGGGGGCUUACGCAAAUUGAGAACUGCCUGCAUCUGACAUACGUAGUAAUACAGAAAUGCGUAUUACGUACGCAUUACAGUACUGUAGAGUAUUGUAGCACGCGACUGACAAAUCGAUAUACUUCCCAUUUCCGCAAUUCCUUCUUACAGUUUAUAACAAAUAAAGUUUUUUGCUGCUUACCCUAGCUACCUAUACUUUUUAAGUGAAUCCGAAUUAGGAUAUAAUUUUAAAUAUCUUAACAUAUUGGGAUAUUAAUUAAUAUCCCAUGGGAUUUUUUAGCUCCUUCCCACCCUGCUGGUGUCAGCCCGCCGAGCCCCAUCAGAUCUUGCGGGCCGAGUUGCCUCUGAGGGAGCUACCUGGGGCUGUGGGCGGGACUGCAGAGGUUCGUACAACUCAGCACACUCUAACCCAACCACUGCAAAAAAUUGCGCAUUGGGACGCCUCCUUGACGUCGGUUUUGGCACAGCGCCUUCUCGCGAGGCGUUAUUUUACCACUCUUAAGAAUAACGCACUGAAAUCCACAAACGUUUCAUACCAUUCCGCAUUUUAAUUAAAAGGUGGAAUCGUCUGAAACUAAUAUAGUUUACUAUAAUAGUUUAAAGGUGUUUUGUGUGCCUAUCAAUUCAACGGAAUGAUUCCGAAUGCCGCAACUUCCAUCGUCCAUGGCUGGUCCCUGUAAAUAAAAAACACACUAGAAACGCAUUUAGUUGAAGGAGACUUUAGUUUUUUGAAAAGCAUCCUUCGAAUGUCAGAGCCUGCAUAUUUGUGCUUGCAUGUAAAAGUUAAACUUAUGUCAACUUAAGCUUAAUUGGUACUUGUUGAUGAAUAAGUUAGAUCCUGUACAAAUGAAGUAAAAGAUUAUAUUUCUCAAGUAUCGAUAUUUACUCACAAAUUUUGUUUUACGUGUGUAUUAGGAUCCUUAUAAUUCAUUUGUGUGACUCAAGUCAUAUGACUUAAUUAUUCAUAUAAACCAAUAUCUGUUUCUUCAAAUUGUGAAAGAGAUUUGGGCUACUGAAGCACUCAUAUUUUACAGAGGUGCAUACCUAAAUUUAUGAAAUGGGCUAUAUGGAGGCAUCGCACACGUCAAAUAGAGUAUAAAUUUUACUAAUGGUAUUUUCCGUGUCCACGAAAGUAGUCACGAUUUCGCAGUCAAUAGCGUCAGUGGUCCCGCCGAGAAACUUAAUAAAUGUUUUGUAAUGAGGCCAAAUUAGACGAUUUAGCCUCUGGGCUCUUUCCCAACUCCCAGCGGGACCAUCAUAUCGGUCUCAAGACCCAUGGAGCCAGUCAUGUCGUUAUAGCGAUAGGACGCGCCAUUAAUUGCUUUCUUAAAUAUGCGUUUCUCUCCCCCGUCUUCUAACCGAUUUUGCUUUAAUUUUUAUCAAAAUCCAAAGCGUAGAACUGUUUUCCUACGCAACCUGAACAAAAACACCGAAAACCGCCUGCUUUUCUUCAAUUCUAUCAGCUAAAAUUAUUUAUUUACCUUUGACCGCAGUCCAUUUUUAUCUGAAAAUAGACCCACAUUUAAGCACAUGGACGGUAAAAGUCAACAAUCAGAAGAAGUGUGCGUUGAAAUUCGUGUAUUUUUGAAGAUAAAGUGAAAUCUAUGGAAAUGGUUAUGUCAUAAGCUUCGUGAUUAUUGCCUAACCGGUGGUCAAACGACAGAUAGCAUUUGUGAUUUUGACGCAUUGCAGCAAAAUUAACGUUAUCAGUUGAAGUUGGAAGUGGUAAACAACUGUGAAUUGGAUGUUUUUAUUUGGCAUUGUAAUAACGUUUUUCUUAAUUUAAGCGCGUUCUCGCGCACACUUGUACGGGUUUAAAAGUGGAGGUAAAUUUCUUGACACAGUUUCAUCUGCACUCACUGAAAUGGCAAUGAACAUAUUCUGUUCUCACAGUAAUGCGCAACAUUCAAAUGUACUAAGGUUAGUCUAGGAUAUACGAACGAAAUUAUAGCCAUUUUCAACCUCACGUGUUUUGCGCGAUUUGAUCAGCAUACAUUUCCGCAUAUAUAAGGUCCGCCAAUUCAUAAUUUAGGAGAUGUUUAUUAAUAACAACAUGACGUCCUCAACUGACUGUUCGUAUUUGACAAAGCUUCACGUGCACUAAUCCUGAGACAAAUUUUCAUCGAAACUUCACAUUUUACUGAGGCUUCUGGGUGCCUUGAUAAAGUGACUUUAAGGCGACACAUAGAAUGAACUUCAUCGAGCAAAAUGACAUCGGUGUUUACUGUUGCACAGUGAAUAAAUGUCAGAUAAGUGUCGGAUUAAAAUGGAGUCAUAUGACCUUCAUUCUUCCGACAGGAUACUUCUACAGAGCAGAGUAGAUUUUUUGUUUGAUUUUGUCAUUUGACCACUGAAAAGAUAAACUCGUUUAAAGCUAGAUAUGAUGGUCGGGUAUUCAAAUUCGCGGUUCUUUUGGUGUUACUUUCGAUAAUAUAUUAUACUUGUUAGUUUUAUGAUGUUUUGAGCCAAUGGCCGAUAUUCUUAACGUAGCAGAUAAGGUACGGGAAGCAAAGUGCAAGAGCAAACGUCCGACCUGAUUGUCCCUAUUUUCGAUUUAAAAUCUUUUUAUAUCUUAGAACACAGCCACAUUUUUUUGAAAAAAGCCGGCAUUUACAGAUUCUAAGCGAUGAGCUCUUAUCGCCAGGAUUUCUUCACAAACGUUUGACAAAAUGCAUAUAUAUGGUUUACAAAUAGCCAUUAAUCAUCAGCGCUCUGUUGGCCUGUUCGUUAGAAUAGAAGCAUAAUUUGUAUGCUUUAUAAAUUUAUGCAGCAUUCUGACUAAUAUUGUGAAUCACUGUCAAUAUUCUAUGUUAAUUAGGACAAAGCAGUUCGGCCUCAGCCUAUUCCAAUGCGAUCUCUAAGGCAAGAUAACGCGAGCAUGCUUUGAUACAUUUACCUCGGACUAUAUGCAAUAUAUAACUCGCAAUUCUGAUAUCAAUAGUAGUGUCCUAUGCGGUUUCAAUUAGCUGAUUUUAUUAUUCAAACACUUCAACCUAUUUAAACUGACCUUUUACACACACACACACACACACACCUGAAAUUGAAGGAUCAACGGAUUAUCGUUUAGAAGUUUCUCAUUAAGGUCAGACGUAAUUUCUUAAGCCGGUGCCAAUCCUUAAUCCGCCGAAAACAGUGGGUCUUCCCAACACGAUUCAUUUUUAAGCGCAUAAAUUUGCGUAGAUUGUGACCAGUAUCGCUGGAUGUAUUUUAAAAGAGUUUUAUCACGGUAAAGAGUACUAAAAGUUGUCUGUUUACAGAAAAGUGCUUCAUUAAAGAUUGCUUACAUACAAAUAAUUGGUGACGGUUCCCGAUUGGCAGGACACUGACAGGCAAGUUUGCCUAUGUUGAUAUACUUUUUAACUGUUUUAGCUUAAGGACCUGAAAAAAAGUUAUUAAUAAACUGUCGGUAUCUCACGUAGUAUAUUCGGCCCAAGCAUUGGUUAAUUUAUAAACAAAAUAAAAAAAACACUUCAGUCGACAUGGGUUUCUUUCUGGCUCAGGUAUAUUUCGUUUUUACAGAUGAUAGUUGUCGCGACACAAAUUAUUUUAAUUGUUGGACUGAACACCGUCAAAAGUCAUGUCCUUCAUACGGAUGAGCACCACGAAGGUUUUGAAUUCUCUGUUUAUUCGUUGCCAACCGAUAUUCACGUCGCCAACUUGGAUUACAGAAGCAACUGCUCCAUCAGUCAGGAUAUGCCAGCUACCAUAUCGUCCCUUCGGCGGUUUUCUCUCGAUGAUCACCAUCCGGACUUCACAAAAUUUUUCCAUGCUACUCUUGAGGUAAGACUAGUUUCACAUCUAUAUCUCAACAGGGUUUUUUAACAUCUGACCCUUCGAUUACUACUUUACUUGCCGCAAAUAAUUGCAUGGUUCUGGUAAUUUACUCACAGAGACAUGCAGAAUGUGGUGAACUGUUUGACCGUAUAACAUUCACCGCCUGCGAGAAUCCAAUGACUCUUAUUUCUGUAAAUUAGUUUCUGAUUCUUUCAAAACCCCUAGCCAAAAUUUCUAAUGUACAUUUGAGAAUCUGAGUGCAACAAAGAACCCUAUACGGGACGCUAGGUGGCCGGUGGCGUGUAAAACCUCUUUCAACUGUGUCGCACAUCGGCAGGAGGUAGGCGAUACACAAAUUCGAACCUUUUGGCCAGUCUUCUUGCUCGGAGUUUUGUUGCACGAUUUUAAGGGUAAAGUAUUCUAAAAUUUGCCGGCGUUAACGUGGGACUUUAGUGUGAUGAUGGUACUCAACUAAUCUGCACACAUGCACUAAGAACAAAUCAUACUAGUCAUCAAACGAUGAAGUUACCUCGCGUAAAACCCGCCACGUAGGUUAAAUUUCGGAUUACGAUCUCGUUUGAUGCUUAAAAAAAUCUCAAUGGGUUUCAUUAAGGCGUGCCCAGGCUCACAGUGUGAAGUUUGAAAUGCAGAAAUGAAUGACAAACAGGAAAUAAUAGAGCAAAUAUGUCCCCACGAAAUUACAGUUACGCUUUUGUGGGAGAAUGGGUUCUUCAAAUGUCAUAUUCCCCUCAGAUACAUUUAGGAUGGCGGAGGAGGACCGCAGAGCACAGGGGAUGAGAUGCGCUUUAAAAAGAAAUUAACUUUCCCGUUUCUUCAUCAGCCAAGAUCAGGCUGUAGAGUAUUUUUAAGCCCUUCUCUUUCAUAAAAUUAAACCAUAACUUCGUUAGGGACAAAGCUCUCCUCGAUGGAAAACGUAUAUUCGACGAAGGUUCGGAGAGAAUAUGCCAAAGAACUGCAUAAAGCCACUUCAGUCACAUCAUCGUGACACAUGUGUGUAUGAACAGUCGUUGAGGUUUGUUAUAAUUCUGACGAGAAAUUUGCUGCAAACGAGUACGUGGAUGAGUUAAAAAAGCUCGGAGUCUCUUUCCAGCUUCUAAAUCAGCUCUGCUGUGCCCCACAGGAACGCUGAAGUAGGCCGACCUGCCGAAACACAGAGGAACAUAUAACAUGGACUAGAUUCGAGAGAAUUUUCCCUAACCCUUUCAGACGAAGACCGUCCAAAUCACACAAAAACAUAUUUACGCCUCUGGAGCAAGGCUUGCAAUUAGCCCACUCCCCCUUUCCUUCUGCCUUGUAACAAGAACUUUCCGAACCGCUCAUUUUGUCUGGUGUGGCUAUAAGGAAGACACCUCUGCAAUACGUUCCCCAAAGCUUUAAUGGGGGUAAUAACAGUGCAAGAUUAAAAACACCGUUCGUUGUGCAUGUCAGAUGGAAGAUUUAUGCAGUUACACAAAAGUUCGCGUGCCGCUCCCCGGGCUGUGCGUGUGCGUGUGUGUGCGGUUAGAUGAAAUGUAAGGCUAAUAUCACUAUAAAAGGAAACCUCCUGCGAGUCACGGUCCCUGCUCUCACUCUGCUGCGAAACGCAGGGUAGACAUCGUCGGUCACGACGGCCGAACUCUCAUGUGCCAAAUUAACGCUAGCAUGAUUGUAGUUUCAAAUUGGCAAAAAGUGUUUCUUACAACCAUGAGAGUCUCCAGAGACAGUUGCUUAAGAUGCACUGACCUUUCGUCUGUGUAUUUAAAUUAGGUUCACUACCACCGGUUCAGUCUCAGGAAUCGAUAGUCGCUUGAUAUACACCCACUUAAAUUUGCAAUAUGAACAAACCAGCUUAGUUUGAAUUUUUUGUAGCCCUAGGUUUGCAUAAAGGGCAUCUUUUCAAUCAGUUAGGGGGAAAUGUUGGGUAGAUCUUGCAUGUUACAUUUACCUCUGCGUUUCCUUGUGUCAGUCGACUUUGUUGUUCUACUGAUACUAAUUUGCAAGACAAACUUAAGUUCUUUUAGUUUAUUUCAUAUACUCCGAUUUUGAUAAUAUCAGGCUUCAAGGACUUCCAAUACGAUUACGUGCGAUAGCGAUCCAACGAUAUUGUCUUCGAGAAAUUUUCCAGAAAUUGAGCUGACAUUGAGUUCUCCAAUGGCGUUGAGUUCUUUCAAAUCACUCCAAGCCAAGCAGCUGGAUGGUCAUCCAGAUUUAUUCAUCUUAAGUGUUUAAUGCAUCAGUUGCAUCAUUGUACUUUUGUUAGAAUACAGCAGUUUACCUUACAGACGAGAUUAUAUUGCCUAAUUGCUACUGAAGUGCCUAUUGCAUCUUCAGAAAGGGAUCUAUGAGUAUUGGAUGCAGAACGUCUUAAGAAAUCUAUCUUAUAUAAACUGAACUUACGCAGAAUACCUUGGAAUGGCUACUCAGCGUCAAAGAGACCCCGAUAAGGAGCCAUUUUCGCAAAGAUUGCCGCACAUUCGACUGUCCGAACGUUAAAUAUGCAGUCCGACAUGGAAAAGAUUUUGAAGAGUUGCGAAAAGCCGUAAAAAGUGAAGUGUCUUCGAAAAAUCAAUUCUACUAUCCAAUAACAGCUUUUUCCAGAAAGAGUAAUGUGAUAAGGUGAUGCGCAUCUGGUAAAUAGGAUCGUCCAAUGUUCGGUACGAUUAGCAGACCUUGUCGGCAGGUUUUAGUGGUGCCUUGCGCAACCUUGUGAACACAAAUUUGGACUGCUCAUGGGAAAGUCCAAUUGCAGCUCCUGUCCCGGCCUCUUAAAGCAACGGGUUGUUAAAACCAAAUACCCUUUCCAUUAGACAACAAAAAACAGUCAAUAAUUCAGUCUCUAUCCGCCUGAUGGGCUCCAGACUCUUUUUGGGAGAGAGUGUAGCUUAUGUCAGAACUACCGGCUGUUUCUCCGACAGCGUCCAUUAGUUACAGCGGACAGGGUACCGCUGCAAAUGUGUAAACCUGCCCCCUGUGCAAAGUCUGCACCAAAUUAAUUAGUCUGCAUCCGCUAAUUUCUCUAUCCUCGUAGUUUGCUAACGAAAUCCCGCACACUGGGAUCUGGAUACGCACCGAUUUAAGGGAAUGACAGUACUUCAGACUGCAGCUGUAACAUCCCAGUAGCGACUACCUACUUCACGUCUAGCUCCACAUCAUAUGACCUUCACUUCUAGAAGCUGGAUGUGAGUUCAUAACGAAAACUGUCACUAUCGAGGUGAAAUGCAGCACGCCUGCUAACGCGUUCAAAGAAUUUUGAAAAUAAAAAAGGGCAUCUGUCGUACAAUGAAGAGCUGAAGGUGACCGUCUUUGAGCAGAAGUAACCCUUAUAAUAUGAUAGUGUGUUCCUGUCGUCCAUCCAAUCGACGUGUAACACCGAAUGUCUGAUAUCAGCAGCAGUUAAGAAAGAUAUGGGCAGGAGAUACAGUAGACUAUAAGCUACGUUUUUCGAUUUUGGGACGGACAGACAUGUUGGUAUUUGCAUUAAUCACUCACCCAGUAAUUUCGGGUUUAGUAAAGCUCAAAAGUUUUAAUUCCGUUUCGGUCACGUUAACAUUAAAAAAAACCGAAAAUUUCAUGCAAGACUGCAGACGCACGCGUUUAAGGUCAGCCGUGGGAUAUAUGCACAGUAUGCCUGUCUACAGGAUCGGUGAAUAUCAUUUCACCGGCAUUAAUCUUUCCGAAAAAAAAGCAACAGAACAACGAACUCGGAACCCAAUCCUAGGGUGCCGGAUUGCCUGCUGCUAACUGAUGACGGUCAAUAAUCCAUAGACGGUUAUCCCGGUUCCCUUUUCCUUGUCGGCGUACCCUCUCUUGUACCCGAUCAUAAAUGAUGUUGUCUCAGCUAUGCAGCCAUUUUAUAAUGAACUCUGAUUAAAGCAUUUUUUGUUGAACGAGCAUUGCCAGUACGGCCAGCGUAGAAACAUCCAGACAUUUUUCAUGGUGAAAAACCUUCCAGGCUGACGCGCUGCUGAUCGGGUUUACUUGGAGGGGCUCAACCGAGGACAGCACAUAAUACAGUUAUUCACCUUCUCUAUCCGCCGCAUACAUACCGUGUUGUCAUGUCACCGACACUCUUCGACCACCCCCCUCAAGUAACCACCUGGGAUGGCCUACAGCUUAUGUUCUCAUUUGUGCCAGAAAAUUAUGAAGUUCUGCAGCGUGUUGAUAUAAGCGUUUCCGGCUUGGUGGUCCGGAAUGGAUUGUUAUUUCGCGGUGAAAUAAUGGUGCAGGCUACUAUGAACUGUUUCCUUGUAUCAUAGCCCGAAAAGGAUAGAUAAGCAAACUUCGAAAAAAAGACUGACUGAUCCAUUUUAGUAAUCUAUCCCAACGAAAGAAGAUAUAUUGGACCAACUCGUAGUAAUGCAGCUCUGCAGAUAGCAUCAAAACUUCUCGCUGACUUAAAAAAUUUUCAUAUCACACAACAGAAAACACAUAAAUUAGAGCUUCAUACAGAGGAAGUGAAAUUUCACCUCAGGCAUCACUGGAUGAAAUUCUCAUUUCAUGGACUCCAAGGGCAUAAUGCAAACAUACAAAUAAUGACGGGACACAACAGAACUAUUAAGAUUAAAAUUGCAAGGAAAAAUGACUUCCACAGUCCUCUGAGUUGAAACUGCAUAAAGAGGUGUCUGGCAUUGCGGGGUGACAACCUCACUCUGAAUUAUAGAACACGUAUAGCGUGUACUAAUUAGCGGGAAAAAACAACGAUAUUGAGUAAACCGCUUAAGCAUACAUGGGGCAUUGAACUCUGUCACAGUUUUCAUAGAAGCCUGUUAAAUAAAACUGGUGAUGUCACAGUUUGGUUGUUUAGCUGACAGUUAAGGAUGCUUUAAGGUGGUUUAUGCAAAUUUCACAUUGUGUUCUAUUAUUGACAAACGGCUGUGACUGAUAGGCGAACACAAUUUACCCGCCAAACUGACUCAUCUGGCAAUUUCUGGGAGUUUAAACGCAAGAAAUGAGCACUUAAUUUAUUAUCUGCAGCUCAGGCUGAUCAGCAAACGAUGUAACUGCCUUUAUCCACCAACGGGAAAAUGCGCCGGGAUAAGAAGCCUAUUAAUCCGAAUCAAAUAGCCUUCUAAACUUUUGUUUUGAGUUUAUGCGGUCAAAUUUCUAAUGGGUUAGUCUGCUUACUUUCUGUUAGGCGUGUCAUGCUACAGACCAUAGAAUUUCUGUCGCAAUGCGAUGAACAGCUUUAGUUUCCAUCGGUGAGUUUGCUAGCGCUGAUCUAUGCUGAAGAAUCAAACCUAGUUCCUGCUCGUUUAGACGAUUUAGGACAUCAUUCCUCUCAUUUAACCGGUGGACCUAUAGGAUUGAAUCGUUUUCUUAUGGUUUUUUGAGUUAAUCUCCCAGGACUUUGUACUUUAGCGCAAAAUAACGAAAGUAUCUUCUUUACCAUCGAGACAGGGAAACACUUCAGCUGUCGUUGUGAUUUGAAUAAAAUCUUUUUCUGUAUAAGUACACGGAAUAGUCGAAAUUGAACCAUUUCUCCGGGUGUAUCUAAUUAUUUCUAGGAGCCAAAAAUAUGUUCACAAAAGUUCCGGCCACCACAUCCGGAUGCCAGCUGUAAAGAUAUGCAAAUUGUUCUCUUGUUCAACCACACGUAAUUGAAGUAAUCGUAACACAGUGCGCCAUUUUGCGCAUGUGACAGAUGUUGUACCUAUGAUUUGCACAAAACACUCCAUUCUGAGUCGGAGAUACCUUUUUAUAAUCUUACUCAGGAGCGGUGGGAUACAACAGGGCGUAAAAAUUGCCUUGAUUAUGGGCAACUUAAUAAUGGACUUUGGCACGUCUGAGCGGAUUACCGCGACGAAAGCCAAAGCCUCAUUGGAAGAAAAAUAUUAGAGUUGAGCGCACACUUGUGCAGUGUCCAAUACUCUACUUGUUUCAAGUUCAACAAAAUAAACGGUGAUUUUUCCUGAAGCGAGAUUAAAGAAAUUCUGUGAAAUUCUCCCUCACUGAGUUGAUUAGUAUACUGACGAAUUGCGUCCGGUUUUGGACUGCGCGCGGUUGAUCCUUGAGGAGCAUUAACUAUUUUGACGAGCCAAAUGAUUAGUACGUAUAUUUUGCCAAAUAUCUUUGUUCUAGGUACGUCAUCCUUUCCUUGGAAUUAAAUGGACUUCCGUUUGAAAUGUUUCCACGUCUGUCGUCCAACAUCGCUACUGAGAUUAUCGGAGCGUUUUAAAUUUGUCGCAUUCUGCAGGCGUAAUCGUCUUUUGACGUUUAUAAACCUUCCCUGCCCUGAAAUUGUGACGGGCCUGUGUCGAAUUUCACGUUUGUCGUUAGUAUUAUAAAAGACUGGUACUAAAUAACAGUACUUUAUGUUACUUGGCGCCACACUUGAUGCCGAACGUGUUCUCAAAACAGCUGACAUGCGUUGAUUUUUUCUGUAGAAAUUCAAAUCGCUGUAUCUUCCUGAUUCGUUAUCUGUGUUAUGCAGCAUCAGGUCGCGGUUGCUAAGCCGUCGCCAAACUUGUUAAUUCCAAUAAAUUCUGCUCCGGAAGUCCGUUUAAAGGGUAUUAUAAGAUGCUCAAAUAAAUUUCAAGGUCAGCAAAAAAUCCAUGGGCAAAUCGACAAGAUAAUGAACACAAAUAUUACCUUCUAUCUCCGAGUGAGGAAUCUAGAUUGUAUACACUUUACGAGCGGCACGCCAAUAAAAACCUCGCCUUUAAUUUAAAGUCGCCGGUUACCGGAUAUGUCGAUUUGAAUUGUUCUCAGUCGCACAGGGAAUUUGUAUUGUCCCACACUGAGUUUUUUUCAUAAGUGCAGCAAGCUCUUAUGUCCUUACUUGAAGGGGAACCACGAAAAUAUUUCAAAUGUGACGGCCUUGCUGAGUUUUGGCCCCGGCAGUGCAAAACAAAAUCUGCUACUUAAAAUUUCGUAUCGGGAAGAAGAGAAACACAAUAAACGUCCGAGUCUUGGUCAAGGUAAUUUAACAAAUAUAAUUUGCACUCAUCCUUUGUAAUUUUUCAUUUUCCUUCACUUGUUUGUAUGGAGCCUUGUCUAUAUGUUUUUAUCGAUUACUCACGGAAAGUGCCGGAUACCACGAGGCGAAAACUCCCCGAAAAAUGUCAGCUAGCCGAUCUACUGCAGCAUCCUCUUCCUUCAGAAUUAUUCUAGGCCCUCACGUUUUCUGAAAAUGUAAGAAUGCUCAUUUUGCAAAUGUGAAAAAAAUGUAAACAUGGGAAAUGGGUAGAUGAGUAGAAAUUCAAAAAACUAAUCAACAGCCCGCUACCGCCUUGUUGGAAGGCAGGAACAUUGCGGUUUUGGUCAUCCAUAGUGAAUAUGGCUUGCUUCCAUUCAGCAUCAUCCAUACCAUAAUUAUGUAGAUUGGAUUGCCUCCAGACAGACCGUUUACUCAGGUAGAAGUCAAAAAACAGUUUUAGAGACCUUGAAAUCCCACGUAGAUCAAAUCUUUUUUGUCUCUUGCUAAUCAACACAGGAUGCGAGACCAGAUACUUUGAACCGCAGUUAGCGGCCUUUCGUGCGUUCCUAGGGUUUAUCUGUAAUUUUGCAAAAAAACAUUUUAUAGAACGUAGUUUCAUGUGGGGCGUCGUGGGACAUUACAAUUUGGAGAUGUGAGUAAAUCGAUAAACCAAACGGAAAUACGGCUUCCCUUCGAAAAACCAUCUAGGAAAGAGAAUGUUUUAACUAACGGAAGACAUUGGCAGACAAGCAGAGGGUAACUGUCAUGAAUACAAGCGAAGGGGAACAGUAAGCAUGUAAACGACUUGAGGUUACUGCCGUUCGGUAACGUCAAAUGUCGUGUAUGGAUUCUACAACUCGGACCAACAGAAAUUGCGUAUAAAUGCAAACUUCCUAAAAGUUUUAAGCAGUGCGGCCGGCCAGCAUAUUGUCGCCGGUACAGGUAUUGCGACAAAGUAUCUGUCGAAGACUUACGCCACAAGUACUUAUCAAGGUAGCAGAGCCAGAAACGCUGGACCGGGAGCAGAUUUCCAUCAUUCUUGCGUGUCUCCUGGUUAUUUCACCUAUUUGAUAUCAAACCGACAUAUUUGGUGAUGAAUGCAUCCCCAACAGAGAGAAGCGUGGAAAGGUGCUGCUGAAGACAAGAGAGUUUGAAGUGGACGCUUCUGAACAAGCUGUCUUUGCCGGAGUUGCAUAUUUCAACCCCGGACUUGGAGUGCGUAAAGUUCGAAUAAGCCUUCGGUUGGCAACUUAACAAACGUUUCAUAACGAGGCCAUGUGGUCUCUAAAUAAAUUGAAAGGACCGUUUUUGAUCCACAGUCAAGAUGAGUAUGGCAAAGCCUUCUCGUUUGUCUUUGAAUCCUCGCGAUUGCGGCGAUAUAACGUGAGCGCGCAGGCUAAUGCCAGAGAAUUUCCUCAACGAGUAACACUGCUGUCGCUCCUAGAUUGGGAGUUGGAUGUAAGAGGAAGAUAUCCUCCCGGAGCGACCUCAACGAAAACGACACAAUUUCCCAAGCUCAGGCUUAGAAGUAUGUGCCUAGGCGAGGUUACUGUUUUUGAAGAAAGGUUGGGGCGAAUUAAUUUAUUAUGUACAUAGGUUAUGUGAAAUAAAACUGUGGUCGUUUUCCACCAAAAUAUGUGAACCUUUAUUCGCUACUAUUAUUUUUAACUUAUUUAGGAAUCCGUCAUUGUCAUAAUUCUCAGGAACUGCUUAAAUUUUGGGAGUGCUAAGGAAAAAGACCUGGUUUUGGGCCGUUGGUAUGGGCUGAUCAUAAUUAUUAAAUCCUAAGUAGGUAUAUUUGGGGUCUUGUUAACGAACCUCUAUUAACUGUUUUUACCUCGUGUUUUGGUAUUACACAAAUCAAAAUCUCUACAUAUUCAGCUUCGUAUGUGUAGCCUCUCUUUUAUCAAAUUUCGAAAUCGUGGUGCCUGGAUAAGUUGCACUAGCAAAUCAUGCAUUUGGUGUCGAAAAUAUCUGGUAUAUAUAGACACCUUAGAACGCUAAGCACUUCUUAUGUCAUACCAAGGAAAUGAGUACACGAACUCCCUGGCGUAUUUGGCCUUCACAUUUUAUUUAACUUCCGCAUCCUUUGAUUGCUGUUAGACAAAAUUACCUGAAGAGGACCGUCUUUUAUUGUUUCUUUCGUGCAUCUUUAAAAUCUCUGAAGCCCCAAAUAAUUGUAUUUGGGCAACUGAACUGGAGUCAAACCGUCUUAAAUUUAAUCAAUUAGCCCCUCAUUUUCAGUGCCAUGGCACUGUAAAAUGUCUUGAAACACGAAUCAGCGGGACGACCUAAGUCGUCUUUAAUUAAUACAGCAGUCUUAACCAGCUCCCUGGACAGAAACGGGAGCUCAACUUAUAAAUGCAUGAAAUGAGUACGGUUUUGAGCAUUUGUUAGGACAGAAACCGCAAAAGGUGGGUGAGCGUAGUAAAAAAUAUUUUUGUUUGCUAACCGUAUGUGCAUUUUGAUACAAAUUACGUCCAUUGAAAUGAUACUUUGCGUCUCAAUUCAGCUAUUCUGGCUGGGUUCCUGGGCGUCACCAUUACCAACAUGUGUUCCCUUUUUGGUGCCAUCUGUAUACCGGUACAGAAAAGAAGCUGUUACCCCAUGGUGCUUACAAUGAUGAUUGGACUUGCCGUGGCAGCCCUCUGUUCUACUGCUCUACUCGUUCUACUCCCAGAGGUAGGCACUCAAGAAAAGACUCUGACAAUGUCCACUGAAUAUUAAAACAUGAGCUCGAUUUCGUUUGCUCGCACCGAACUUUUGGUAGACAUUUUGCAACUUUAACGCGCUUUACUUUGCUGUGAGUAGGCAUAGUUAAUCGUCUUUUUGAGUUACUGGCGUAGGAAGCAAUGCCGGUUGAUGGAACGCCUUUGAGUCCUAUCAGCGGGGUCAGGGCUAGCUUAGUGAGGAUAGGCCCUUAAGUGAAAUGUUAUAGCCGUCUGUAAAGCAGAACUUAGUCAUGAAUUACGCAUAUUCUGGCCAUGGUCAGACACUAGAACGUACCUCCAACAAAAACGGAACUACCCUGCCUAAUCUUCUUCCUUUUCUGUUCAGCUUUACUUCCGAAGUCAGGUUUUUCGCAUAUUACUUUGAAGCUCCUGCGAAUAAAUUAGGGAUUGAAAGAUCCGUGAAGAAAAGAACGCUGUUCCGCAAACUCAUUCAUAUGCAGUAGUACACACACGUCCCAAUGCAAGUCUUCGCAUCUCAACCCGAUAGCUUAUUUCGGACUAAAACACACGGCAGUAGCAUAUUCUGCGUCGUCUUAAGUCUCAGAUCCACAAAAUAAACCUUAUGAGCAAGUUUGUUGGAGAGCAGCCUAUAUAAAGGCGUGUUUUUCGGUUCAAAAUUAUUCACUGUAUUAAAAAAUGAUAGCUACACAAUUUUGCUAUCAUGGAUGCUUAAAGUAAAUUGUAGUACUUACAAUCCUAUUCAUUUUUUUAGAAGAGCGAAUUGCUUUUUCGAGGUUACAUUUGUCCCAGUUGGGACAAACACUCCGACCUCGGUGGGACUCGAACCCAUGGCAGCAGUCACAAGGUUUAGGUACGGCCAGCGCCCUAGUCACCUGAGCUACGAGACCCUUCCGGGAGCCGUUAGUUUUGUCAUAUUUGGGUCAAGUUACCCACCCAACCUACGACGUAUGGAAUCGACUAAUUCUUAUACAGUCAGCUGACUGUCCAAGCAGGAUUUCCUUGGCAAUCAAUCUAGAAUCAACUAGGUUAUUAAUUGGCUCCCUCAAUUUAUGAGCUCGCAAGAUCUUAUAUCGUAGCUGUGCCUGUUAGGGGUUAGGGGCUAGAGCGGGAAUUCAUCCUGAGUUCGUGUCCUGGGGCUGGCAUAUACUAACGUAGGGGGCUGUCCCUUUAUGUAUAAACUAACUUCUUCUCCCCAGCUUAUCCAUAGUGUUCCUGUCAAACACAUAAUCAUAGUCUUGUUUCACAAAUCGGUAUUUGUAUGCAAAGUUAAUGCACGAGUUUAUUUUAUUUAGAGCAGUUCGAGAGAGCUCAAUAAGUAAUUUCAGUAAUGCAAUAUUCGCUCACUCCUGGUUGCCUAUCCUGACAGUUCGACCGUCAUUGCCGACGAUGUCCACCGUCUGUUCCACAGUAAUGUGAGAGUAUAGUGACACUAACUACUGCCAUCGCGGUAAUUUGAGAGGCGGGGACGAUUAUAAUGACAGACAUGGAAAUUUUGAUUUAGACCAAAAGGUGGUGGUGGUGGUGGUAAUUCUGAGAGAACUAAAAUAUAUCAUGAGAUACAGUGUUUUCAGAGGCAAACUACCAGUCUGAAAACAUUGUUGGAUGCCCUUAAGCAGACAGUUUAGGUUGCUACAACAAAUAAAUUCAUACUGACCCAACUGUGAAAAACUCAGCGCCUAGGUGGGAUUUGAACCCACGCAGUAAGGAGAAGGCUUUAGUACAGCCAACGCUCUAACCACCUGAGCUACUAGACCCCAUCGGACGACUCGAUUUUAAUCAUAUUUGGGUCAAAUUUACCCGCCAAACCUACUGCAAUGUCUGGAAUCCACCAAAUCUGAUACAGUAAGUUGACUGCCCAAGCAGGAUUUCCUAAGUAAUUCACCUAGAAUCCACCAGAUGAAUACCAGGCUCACGUAAUUCAUAGGUAUUUUGGCAGAUUUUGAAUAAUUCAUAUUGGCCCAACUGUAAAAAACUCAAAGUGAUGAAAAUGUGAUUAAACUCGAGUCGUCCGGCGGGGCCUCGUAGCCCAAGUGGUUAGACCGUUGGCUGUCCUAAAGCCUCAUUCUUACUGAGUGGGUUAGAAUCCCACCGAAGCGCCGAGUUUUUCACAGUUGGGUCAAUAUGAAUUAUUCAAAAUCAGCCAAAAUACCUAUGAACAAAUAAAUUCUCGAGAAGUAUUUAAUAAAUCAAACCCUCUGGAGGCGCCUCCAUAUAUUCGUUUCGCUGCAGACUGUGAGGGGAAAGGGUUCAGCUUAUUUGGAUGUCGUUGAUUAAAUAAUUUAGAAGGCAUGUCGCUUGCAAGCGGGGACUAAGUAUGUAUUCUAACAGUUUUCUAUCCUUUUGUUUAGGCCCUCGAUUUGCAUUUGCAUGAAGAAGAAUCCUCAGCACUUCAUCCCCUCACGCUGAAGCUGAUGACAGUUCUGGCUGGUGGCGCAUUCUUUUACGUCCUUGAAUAUAUCAUAAUGCGGUGUCCCAAGUUCUGCCAGGCAAGUCUAUUUUAA